AAAUCACCCAGAUUUACCUAAAUUAGUGUGUCCCGUCAUGGACGUUCACAAUAUCGGCAAUCAUUGUUACAGUUAGUAGUCUAAAGGGGUUCAAACAAUCUGAGGAAGAUCGUGUACCGUCAUUCUUGGUGGGAAAGUGGGGUCAAGAGGUCAAAGUUUAAAAGGCAGGCCCACCAGGUGACAGCAAGGAAAUGAGCGGGAAAAUUUCUGUGGAAGACUUUGGGACGACACCUGAAGGACAAGCUGUCCAGCGCUUUGUCCUCAGGAACAACAGCAACGUCUGCCUAAAGCUCAUCUCCUACGGAGCGACAAUCCAGGCCAUAGAAGUGCCGGAUAAGGACGGGAAGGUUGCCGACGUGACACUAGGAUUUGAUACUUUAGAUGGCUACCUUGGCAAGCAUCCCUACAUGGGUGUUGUGGCUGGGAGAGUUGCCAACAGGAUAGCCAAGGGGACCUUCUCACUGGAUGGGCAGGAGUACAAGUUGGCCUGUAACAACGGUCCAAACCACCUGCAUGGUGGACUGAAGGGCUUCAGCCAUUAUGUGUGGGACAGCAGUGUGGAAGGAGACAGCGUCAAGUUCACCUAUGUGAGCGCCGACGGUGAGGAGGGCUAUCCUGGGGAGGUCACCGCUCAGGUCACCUACAAGCUGACCAAUGACAACGAGGUUGACAUCCAGUACCAGGCCACCACAACCAAGGCAACACCCAUCAACCUCACCAACCAUGCCUAUUUCAACUUGGCAGGGCACAGCGAGGCAACUAUCUACGACCACAUUAUUACCAUCAUGGCAGACAAGUACACACCAACUGAUGAUGACGCCCUUACAACAGGUGAGAUCAGCCCAGUGGAGGGCACCCUGUGGGACCUGCGUGAGGGGGUGAGGAUGGGCGACCGUGUCAACUCCGUCCCAGGGAAGGCACCUGGCUACGACCAGAACUUCUGCAUCACACAGCCGGGAGACAACCAGCUGUGUGCCAGGGCCCAGCAUCCAGCCAGUGGCCGGACUAUGGAGGUGCGGACGAACCAGCCCGGGGUGCAGUUCUACACGGCCAGCUACCUGGAUGGGACGCUGGCUGGCAAGGGUGGGGCCAAGUACAACAAACAUGCAGGCUUUUGUCUGGAAACCCAGGUCUACCCUGAUGCCAUCAACAAACCCCACUUCCCCAGCAGUGUGCUGCGCCCAGGCGAGACGUACCACCACCACACCUCCUACAAGUUUGUGCUGGGGUAGAGAUGCUGCCUCGUCCAGACUGCUACAUGUGUGCUGCUUUAAUCAGGAACCCUCAAAUACACCAAUGUGCCUUCAAUAAGUCAGAAUAUCCUGCCAAACUUUGUCUCAGAGGAUCAAGCAAACAGUAUAUCUUGGCCCCCCAUGUAUGGCAACGGGCCACAGAAAAUGUCAGCCAGUCUCAAAAUGACCAUAAAAACUGUGGGAGGUACAUUUUGUACAUCUGGACUUGAAUAGAUAUUUCUUUCUUGAUAAUGUUCCCCAUUGCGUACCAGAAUAUCCUGUGGACAAGCCAACAGCAGAUUUUGGUAGCAGGUAGAAAGACUGCUGUAAAAGGGGAAAUUGUUGCAGAGAUUUUUUGUUACGGCUUUCACUGAACCAAUAUGAAAAUUUUUGUUCCAUCUUCUGCCUGCCGUCACCUUUGUCUCAAUAGCAAACCUAAAACCGCCACAAACUAAAUUUGCUCCUACUGCAAAAUUAAAUCCCCAGAAACAAUUUCCCUUUUACAGUAUAGUGUGCAUUACACGCAUCAUUUUGUAUAGAUUCACACUUAGUAGUUUGGGCUUGGCCAUCUGGAAAAGCUUUAUUUCAAAGUUCAACCCUUUAAUAUUGAGUUGUGAUUUGCUGCCAACAUUUCUGCAACAUAUACCUACUAGUCAGGGGGACAGUUACUCAAGCAGCUGGAUAGAUUUUGAAAAGGGACAGACAUGCAAGGUAGCAUCCAGUACCUUUCUUCAGUGGCAUUAAGCAUGAUCUGUAGAUCAACACUAAAAACUAAACACUAUGAUUGUAUGAAUUGAUAUUUAGAUAAGGAACUGGAGGAACUGUUCACGGUUUGAUUAGUUUGCAGUAAAAGCAGUAGUAUUCAGCAUUUGAUCAUACUGCUGCUGGGAUCCCUGACACGGGAAGGUCUGUCUUCACACCAUGCUUCCAAGUGGCUCUGUCCAGCGGGUCACAUAUAUAACAUACAAAUAUUUCACAAUUUCCAGUAUUAGAUUGAAAUCAGUGCAAUGACAGACAGAUUCGUAUGAGAAUGAAUCUUGCAAAAGAAUCUAAGAAAAGUAGUGAUACAAAAAAGCAGAUGGCUGUACCUUUUUCGAUGUACGUUAAGCUUUAAAUCAAUGCUAUGCAUCAAUUUCUAAGCAAACCAUUUGUAAAAUAAUUAUCAGCACAAAUAAGUGGGGCCAAGAUGUAAUAGUAACAUUUAUGAUAUAUUUAUCAUCCAUAUGAUGACAAAACAUUCCUUAAAAGAUGGCUGCCUAGUUGCAAUCCAAAAAAUGUUGUGCGAUAUUUGUUAUUGAUGAAAUUAGAUGAUUCUCAGUAUGGCUAUAAGCCACAAUCAUUGACUCUCUUCUGUAAGAUGAAAGGUUUGUGCAAUGGAAAUGAAGCUGCUAUAAGGAGAUAUCUGAUUACAAACUCAGGAUGAAGAACAAUAUACUUUUUGAUAAAUGGUUUGAUAUGAUGAAUAAA